CAGUCGCUGCCACCUCCCUGGGGACGUGCGUGUGCUUAGCAAGUCGUUGCACUGCACAGCUCUUAACACCAGUGCCAGACACAGAGAAGGCUUACAACCAGUCACCCUCCUGCAGCGUUAGAGGGGCUUCAUUUCCAUCCUUAGGUUUGCAUCCUUUCUGCAUUUCCAGUCAAACAAAAUAAUACUAAAACGCUGUGCUUGGCUGUCUGGUACUGUCCAGUUGCAGCUUCUAGACUCCUUGCUAAGUGCAUCCCCUGUGCCUCCGGAGCGGGAUGGGAGCCAGGCUGAGUCGCCAGAGCAGCCUGGAUGACGAGGAGCAUGGAGGGGGAGCUGAGGAAGACGUGCCCCACAGCCGGAGAGAUCAGCAUCACCCUGCGCAGAGGGCAGCCGAUGGUGGGGUUCGCAGCCGGAGACAUUUCCUCUUCGCCUCCCUUCUUCUGAGUCCGGAGAAGCUGCCAGGCAUGCUGUGGAAGAGCAGCCCAGCACCUUAUGUGAGGAGGGUAGGCUGGAUCCGAGAAAUCCAGGCAUUGGUUCGGGAGCAUAAACUGGAAAGAGCACUCAGGAUACUGAGUCUUCUGCGAAAGGACCUGGGACUAGAAGGCAGCCCUCUGGAUGAUGUUCUGUACAAGCAUACGGCGUAUCUCAACCUGGUGGACCCUAUUACUCAUGACUUACUGAUGUGCCUGACUCGAGAUCUGCAGUGUCCAAAGAAGGAUUCUGACCCUCUGAAAUGCUCUGAUAAACUCUGUCGGCAACUAAUAUACCACCUGACACCACACUCGAAAUGGCAUCGUCAGAGCAUGCCCAGGAGAAAAUCACAAGCAUGCUUAAAAAGCAACCUACAGAAAAAGCUGUCCAAUGACUCUAUGGAUUUAUCUGGAAUGCCUUUAUCCACCAGAGACAUCCACCGUGUAGCAUACUGUCUGCAAAACAACAAAGACUCUCUCAUAACUAUUGACCUUAGCUUUACAGAACUAACAGAUGAGCAUCUAAGAAUGUUGCUACCAUUUUUGUCAGCCAUGCCUAAGCUUGCCAACGUAGCUCUGAAUGGUAACAGGUUGACUAGAACCAUGGUGAAAGACUUAACCGAAAUCAUAAAGGACAUCACCAAGUUCCCAUCCCUGUCCUGGCUUGAUGUGGGCAACAAUCUGGACAUUUUCACUCUGCCACAACCCCUACUGGUUGGUCUAAGAAGGCGCUGCAGUCUGCAGAGUACAUUACCAACCAUCUAUGAAUCUUCAAACUAUGAAAUGGAAAGCUCAGAUGAAGAAGCCGAUCUGUCAGAAGAGGAUGAAGAAAAGGAAGAAGAACCUUGGCAUUCCUUGAAAGAGAAAGAAGACACACAGACAUAUGCACAGAAGUGCUGUGAAAGGUGAUAGGCCUUUUUUAAGGCUAUCAGUGUCAACAAAACAUGGUGUUGUUUUCUAAAGCUUUAUAGUAGUAAUCAGCUAGCAGACCCUCAAUAUGGUCUUAGCUGUUCUGGUAUGUCUAACAUGCCAAAUUUUCCUGAAAGUUAACCAUACAGACAGACAGCACCUGCAUUUCAUAUCAAAAAUAGAGGGCUGUUACUUACCUUCUGGUCAUGAUGGCACAUGUUGAAACAGGGUGGUAGUUCUGUGAAGAAGGAUGCUGUGAAAAGACACCUAAGACACCUUUGCUGGUGGAAGAAUUCAGGAAUGUUUCACAUAAACAAAGACCUCUGGUAGUGGUGAAAAGGAUUGCUCAUUGUGAAGGUGGUUGUAAAAGUAUGUCUCAUAACAUUAUAAGCAAUUCCAACGAGUGGUGAACAGGAUUGCUCAUUGUGAAGGUGGUUGUAAAAGUACGUCUCCUAAAAUUGUUAGCAAUUCCAACGAGGAUAUGUCUUCAUUGCAUCUAUUUGUUGUUAGCUGUCUAGCAUUUUACUCAGUGUGUGUGUGUUUAUGCUUUGCUAACCUCUGAACAAAGAAAAUACAAAAAAAGAAGAAAAGUUUCACCAGAGUUUGUAGCCCGUUACAGUCACAUGAUGGGGGAAAAAUGCACAGUCAGGAAGCUAUUGUCCUUGGGGAAACCUCUCAUAUGGCUUACUGUUUUCAUCUGGAUUAGUGCUGUUUGUACUGCACACACUAAAACUGUGAUGCCCAUUGUCAUUUAAAGCGUGAUGCAGCAAUGCUGCAGAAAUCUGGUAUAUGCUUGCUUCGACAUUAUUUUAAAUUAAACUUUUUUAUAAUGAAACAUUUAACUGCUACAGCAGAAAUGUAUAGCUGAAUGAAAUUCAGUGUCUCAUACAAUGUUGUUAUAAAAGUUGUUUGUCGUGUCUGGAUGUAGCACAUAUAUCUUCAUGUGAUGUAGCAUCUGUUACAAGUUGUGCUGUUGUUAAUCUAAAGACCUUGUCCUUCUAAUCUGUGGUAGAAAACACAGGAUUUUGAAAAUGGGCUAAAUAUUUUUUUUUAUUUUAUCUUCCUGGGUUAAAAAACAAGCUAAUCUUUCAGGUAGAUGUCCACCCUGUAUUAAUUCCCUUUCAUCCUUUAGCUAGCUUGAGCUGACUUCCCUGAAACACAAGCUUCACCUUUGAUUCCAUCUGACUCACUAUCACUGUGUCAUCUGUAAACAAGAAAGAGCGAGCAACUCAUUAGGCAGAGUUCACUGGGGACCUGGGUUUGAGAGCAGAUUUGCACUAUACAGUUAGAAGGCUGAAGAGUGUGUGGGUGGGAAUGGGAAAACAGAGUAUGCAGAUAACAUGUUUGCUUCUCGGCUGGGGUAGUGCUGAGUGUGGUGUGUCUGCACCCUCCUAAAGAAGCAAGGCACACUACAUGCAUAAGUAUUCAGAUGUAUUUAGAAAUAAACAGAAAAUGGUCAUUGUUGUUUGCCCUGCUUAUGUCUGAAGGGAAAGCUGGAACAGAACCCUCACCUUUGAAAAGUUGCUUCUGUCCUCCAGUGUCUAUGCUAGUCUGUCCUAUAGUUCUACCAGAAGAGUAGCAGGACUUACAAAACAACCCAUUUAAGACUGGCAAGUAAAAUUGAACUGGAGAAGGUGGAAAGGGGGGUUCAGGGACAUUGAGUUACAACACACUUCUAGAACAGGAUCUUAACAUUAGUUACAGGUAGGGUGUAAUUUUGCAUAUUUUUUGAAAGACUUUGCUGCAUAUGUAUAGCGCUUUGAGCUUCUGUACUGUCCUCUGUACGAUAAAGGUAAGCUGUCUCACUGUUGAUGGGUGUUACUACCUGCUGCAUUUCUGGUUUGUGAAGAGUAUGUCUAUCCUACCCUUAUUUUGAUGGUCAUCUGAUACUCUAUGCUUUUUCUCAGAACAUCAAUUUGAUGUCAUUUGCAGGAGACAAAACCACUGCCCUAAUAUGCCAUCUUCUUUCAUAAACUUGUUGAUAUUCAUAAUAUUAACCCCCCCAAACAUUUGUUAGUAUGCUAAUGUGCAGGGACUGUAGUAAUUCUGCCGGCAUUGCUGCUGACUUGGGGAUGAAAACUAGUCUAGGAUGCAUCAGUGUUUAGUUUGUUAGUUGUACUGGGAUAAACUGAAUAUAUAACAGGUGAUAACCUGUGAUCUUUGGUCUCUGGGGGUUAAAGAUGCAGAUGAAUUCCUAUGGGGUGAGUGGUUUUUGGCAGUGAGUGGUGGAUAUAUCACAUCCAGCUCCAAAACAGCACACAGAUGGCCACAGCAAAGACACUGCAAGACUGUCCUCAUUGGCUGUGUAGCCAUUGCUCACUGUUACCGUGGUACAAAGGACCAUCAAGAAAAAAAUCACUGUAGCUGCAAUGCAGGGGGGUACUGUUAAGUAACCCCACUCCAGUAGCCUCCAUAGGAGAAAUAGUGGUAAGUGGUGAUGGGUGGACAGAAUCCUAAAAUAACAAAAAAGUAAAGUUUUUCUGACAUGUGGGACCAGAUCAUAAUCAGAUCGUCAGUGCAGUACUACAGCUGCCAGUUUUGAUGUCGGUGACUUCCAGGUACUGCUGUGUCCGGACAUUGCUGACCUGAUUUAUGUAAAAAUGUUUAGGAUAUUGUUCUUCUCAAGGAAAGCCUUUCUGUAAGAAGGGGUGGGUCUGCUCUUGAUGUGAAACUUCUCUGUGAAAUGCUGCAAGUAGGGCAGCAAAGAACACUUUAUUCAAAUAAUGCAACAAAUAACACAGUAGGUAUGAAAUUUAACUGUGCAGCCUGCAUAAUCAUUUAUUAGCUAUAUCCUUCAAAGUGUGUGUGUGUGUGUGUGUGUGUGUGUGUGUGU